AUGAGCUCUACAAAUAUGGAUAUUUCAGGUUUAUCAGAACGAUUUAAGAAAACAUUGAUUGAUUAUAAUUCACGUCGUCCCAUUAUUUCAACACCAAUGGAAAAAUUUCCCACUCAAUUCCAGUACCCAUCCAGUUUUGAAUCCUCUUUAUCCUCUGAUCAAAAGUUAAACUCUAAUGAAUCAGCUGUUACUGAUGAAGAAAAUAAUGAAGUAGAAACAAAUGAUAAUGAGACAGACAAAGAUCAUAGUGAAAUAGAUUUUCAAGAAGAUUCAUCUCUUUUUGGUGUUUUCCCUUUAGAAAUUUGGUUUAAAAUUUUAAAAUUAAAUCAAAACAUGGGGGUUUUAAUGACUUUGAAUAUGAGUUUUUAUCGUGCUUUAGCUCCUGAAAUUUAUAAUAAUAAAUUUGAAAACUUAGACUUGUUGUUGGUAAUUAAAAAUACAAAAUGUAUGAAGAGUAUUGAUGAUACAUCAAUUACGUCAAAUUAUGAAUAUAUUGAUGUGGUACCAAGUGAGGUGGAGAAUCCGAAUAAUAUAAAGUUAAAGAAUACAAAAAUUAAAGUCAUUACAUCCCACAAGAAGAUUAUAACUUUAUUUAAAUAUAUUUUAACAAAUGAAUAUGAAUCAAUUCUUAAAAAAUCGAUCAAAAAAAUUUCACUUGAUGUUUCAGUCUUAGAUUCUGAUUAUAAUGGGAUUCUUAAUUCAAAGAUGAUUUGUAAAACUUUGAAUUAUUUGAAAAACAAUUGUGAUAGAACUGAAGUAUAUAAUAUUGGACUACCAAAAUUGGAAAUAUCAGAUGUAAUUCCUACCAAACUUUUGAGGGAUUUAAAAUCAAAAGAAAUAGUUUUUUUGUCUAAUAUUUUGGAAAAAUUUGCUUCUAAUAAAGAACAAUUCAUAUUACAAAAAAAUCUUGAUUGUUCCAAAAAUUUAAGUUAUAUGAAUAAUAAUCUAUUGAUUGACAUGUUUACAAAUUAUACUGAAGCUCAACGAUUUAUAGCAUGCUUGCAAUUUAUUCCAAGAUCAUUCCGUAAAAUUAAAAUAACCAAUAGAAAAUGUGAAAGCAAAUCACAAGUUGAAUAUUUAAUUUCUCAAAUUAUUAUGAUUAUGUCUUCUGAUAGAUUUACCUCUUCAAUCAAUACAUCACUUUCACUUAUGGGACUUCAAUAUAUUAAAACAACAAUGGCUGUUGUGAAUAAACCAGAUUUAAAUGAUCCAAAUCAUCCAACAAAUUUAACCCCACCAUAUUUAAAACUUUACUCAUCAAAAGUUCCAAAUGGUCAAAAAAUAUCAAUUUAUUUAUCACUAUUGAAACAAGAUUAUAUUUUUAGUAAUGUAAAUAUUCAAAAUUUAGAACAAAAACAAGAUUGGUAUUUAAAAAUGGAUCCAAAUGGUAAACUUCCAACUUUUAGUGAUGUUGAUUCUCAGGGGAAACAAACUAUAAUUUUUGAAAGUGCAGCAAUUUUAUUAUACUUAGGUGAACAUUAUGAUUUGGAAAGGAAAUAUUAUUAUGAUUUAAAACAUGAAUUAUAUUGGGAUCAAAUAAAAUGGUUAAUUUUCCAAGUUGCAGGUCAUGGUCCAUAUCAAGGACAAUCUGAAAUUUUUAAAAAUGUUUUAAAAAAUAAAGAUGAAUUUGCUACAAAUAGAUUUAUAAAUGAUACUAAGCGGAUAUAUAAAGUUUUUGAAGAUCGAUUAAAUGAAAAUAAUGGUUGGUUAGUUGGUAAUUCCCUGAAUAUCACAGAUAUUGCAGCGUAUCCUUGGUUAAGAAGAUAUGGAAAUAUUGGUAUUAAUAUUGAUGAAUUCCCCAAUGUUAAAGCAUGGAUUGAAAAAAUUGAUAAAAUUCCUGAAGUUGAAAAAGGUAUGAAUGCAGGUCCAUAA